ACCUACCCAAGAAAAAUGGCACAAGAUCAGCUAAAAGUGCUAAAUGCACUAGAUGUUGCAAAGACACAAUGGUAUCAUUUCACUGCAAUUCUUGUUGCUGGGAUGGGAUUCUUCACUGAUGCUUAUGAUCUCUUUACCAUUUCCUUAGUAACAAAACUCCUCGGCCGCAUAUAUUACACUGAACCUGGUUCACUUAAGCCAGGAAAUUUACCUCCCAAUGUCUCAUCUGCAGUUAAUGGUGUAGCCUUUUGUGGAACUCUUACAGGACAACUCUUCUUUGGGUGGCUUGGUGACAAAUUAGGUAGAAAAAAGGUGUAUGGUAUGACCUUAAUGAUGAUGGUCUUAUGUUCCUUUGCUUCAGGCCUUUCAUUUGGCCAUGAUGCAAAGAGCGUCAUGACAACCCUUUGCUUCUUUCGAUUUUGGCUCGGAUUUGGGAUUGGAGGCGACUACCCACUUUCCGCCACUAUCAUGUCUGAGUACUCCAAUAAGAAAACUCGUGGUGCCUUCAUUGCCGCAGUUUUUGCUAUGCAAGGAUUUGGGAACUUGACUGGUGGUAUUGUUGCUCUUAUACUUUCAACUGCCUUCAAGACAGCAUACCCUGCUCCAGCAUUUCAGGACAAUGCUACUGCCUCGUUGGUUCCACAAGCUGAUUAUGUUUGGAGAAUAAUCCUCAUGUUUGGUGCUGUUCCUGCACUACUAACUUACUAUUGGCGUAUGAAGAUGCCUGAAACUGCUCGUUACACUGCUCUUGUUGCCAAAAAUACUGCGCAAGCCGCCUCUGACAUGUCCAAGGUGUUACAAGUUGAGAUCAAAGAGGACCAAGAAAACGCACAAGUACAAGAAAGGAUGAGUAAAAAGCAAUUUGGUUUAUUCUCCAAAGAAUUCAUGAAAAGACAUGGCCUUCACUUGUUUGGAACAGCCACAUGUUGGUUCUUACUAGACAUUGCAUUCUACAGCAACAAUCUCUUCCAAAAAGACAUUUUCAGCGCAGUAGGUUGGAUUCCAAAAGCUGAAACUAUGAGUGCACUUCAAGAACUAUACAUGGUUGCUCGAGCUCAAACUUUAGUAUCUCUUUGUGGAACUGUUCCAGGAUAUUGGUUCACAGUAGCCUUCAUCGACAUUAUAGGUCGAUUCAUCAUUCAAUUGAUGGGAUUUUUCCUUAUGACAGCCUUCAUGUUUGGACUUGCUAUACCAUAUAAUCAUUGGACUACACCAGGGAACCAUGUUGGUUUUGUAGUCAUGUAUGCUUUCACAUUCUUUUUUGCCAACUUUGGACCUAAUUCAACCACUUUUGUGGUGCCUGCUGAGAUCUUCCCAGCUCGUUUUAGGUCCACUUGCCAUGGGAUAUCGUCGGCGGCAGGGAAAGCUGGGGCUAUCAUUGGGGCAUUUGGGUUCUUAUACUUGGCGCAACCUACUGAUCCAAGUAAGGCUGAUGCUGGAUAUCCUGCUGGUAUUGGAGUUAAAAAUUCACUUAUGAUAUUGGCUGGAAUUUGUGGUCUUGGAUUUUUAUGUACCUUCCUUGUGCCUGAAGCUAAUGGGAAAUCAUUGGAAGAAAUGUCUGGUGAGAAUGAGGAUGAAACAGAAGAAAUUCAGUCAUCUAGGAUUGAAAACAGAAGAAUUCCAAUUUAAGUGUGUAUGUUCUUGGUAUAUAGUGUUUUCUUGAUUGUUUUUUGAUGUUCUAGUGAUAGAAAAAGUGGUACAUGUUGAAGUGCUUUUACAUAGAAAAAAUAAACACUUCUGGGUGCUGCUAUUGUUAGGUAAUAGUUAAAUAUCUUUGCUUUUCAAUGAGGAGUUUAGU